UUUUAUUUGAUGUUUUGUAGAAAAAAAAAAUGUUUAUAUGUUACCCUUGUUACAUGUAACAUGAUAUUGUUUGUUAUUGUGUGUUUGAGUUUAAUGUAAUUUAAAUGGAUUAAAUGUAGAGUUAGAUAAUUGGAUUGGAUUGUAUUAACUAGGAGAGGAUGCCCAUGUGAUUUGGUUCACUGUGGUGUUUCAAUCAAUUUUGUGGUGAUUGUGAUGGUUAUAUGAAAUUAUGAAUUAAGGAAGUUAGUGUUGAGGGGUGUACAAGACUCCAACAAACAAGUUGUAUCCAAUAAAAAAGACUCCAACAAACAAGACAAUGAUUGAUGACAAGGAUGAUUUUUUUUAGAAUUAUCGCAGUAGUAUUUAGAAAAUGUUGUUUCUUUGAAGACGAUCAUUGUAGCCAAGCAACCAUAACCACAAGAUUCGCCUAUUGUUUUCAAGAGACAACCAUACGAGGCUGGAUGGUUGCCUAUUUGGUACAGGAGGGCCAAUCCAUACCUUUAGGAAGAAGAAGAAGAAAAAAGAGAGAACAGGGAGAAAAAGAAGGCAUGUAGCCAUAAAAUAGAGGAGACUGAAAAAUGUCAAGAAACAAAAAAAAAGUGGUAUCUUACACAUACAUCGAAAUUAACCGGAAAAAAGAUACAAAAAAAAAAAGUUCUCAUUUCAACAAAGUAGCAUAGUAUGUAUGAUGAAAUACAUACCCAGCAACGAAUGGUUCUUCCUCUCAAUUACUGUACACAGAAAUUUUCUGGUUGCCUUAAGAGGUUUAAAUGUAUUAUUUACCCCUAACAUAUCAAAUAUGCGGAGAAGUUGCUUUUAUGAAAAGGUACCUAGGUUGCCAUGAAGAUGAUACAUCUUGAACAAAGAUUUAAGAUAUUUGGGGUUUUUUCAUGUGAUGAGAGCUGUACAUAUUGGCUUUGCAUAUACUAUCAACAUAUAUAUGAUGCUUUGCAAUCGUAGAGGGAGAAAUUUCAGGUGUUGCAGUUGAUGCAUGGAUCAUGAAAAGAUACAUCUGGUUAUUAGUGGUAGAAACAGACUGAUAAAAGCAAGCAGCACUUGUGCUAAAUGCCUCCCGUCGAUUUCGCUACACCUUGGAUCUAAAGAAGGAUGAAGAGAAAGAGCAAAGGAGAAGAAUGAUAAGAGCCCAUGCACAAGUUGUGAGAGCAGCAAUGCUUUUCAAAUUGGCUGGGCAACGAGAUAUUGUGCUAGACCCUUCAUUGUCACCUCCAAUAUCAACUGGUGAUUAUGGAAUUGGACUUGAACAACUUUCUACAAUGGUCAGGGAUAAUAAACUUUCAGCUCUGGACGACUAUGGAGGAGUUAAAGGGCUAGAAGAUAAGCUUAGUACAAACUUAGAAACAGGAGUCUCAGGGGAGGUGGAUGAUAUUGUAAAGCGAAAGAACUCAUUUGGUUCAAAUACAUACCCUACCAAAAAGGGAAAGGGCUUCUGGUCUUUUCUGUGGGAAUCUUGGCAAGAUUUGACCCUUAUUAUCUUAAUCAUAGCUGCAGUUGUAUCACUAGCAUUAGGGAUUAAAACUGAGGGUCUUAAGGAAGGAUGGUAUGAUGGAGGAAGCAUUGUUUUUGCAGUGUUGCUAGUCAUAUUUGUUACUGCCAUCAGUGAUUAUCGACAAUCUCUUCAGUUUAAAAAUUUAAACGCAGAGAAAAGGAAUAUUCAGCUAGAGGUGAUUAGAGGUGGCAGAAGGGAAAAGAUCUCUAUAUUUGACAUUGUUGUUGGUGAUGUUGUGCCUCUUAAAAUUGGAGACCAGGUCCCUGCUGAUGGAGUCUUCAUAUCUGGUCACUCCUUGGCGAUUGAUGAAUCCAGCAUGACUGGAGAAAGCAAGAUUGUUCAUAAGGACAAAAAGUCACCCUUUCUUUUAGCCGGUUGUAAAGUGGCAGAUGGCUUUGGAUAUAUGCUGAUUACUGGUGUUGGAAUUAAUACCGAGUGGGGAUUGCUGAUGGCGAGUAUCUCGGAAGACACUGGUGAAGAAACCCCUUUGCAGGUGCGAUUAAAUGGGGUGGCAACUUUUAUAGGCAUAGUCGGGCUUUCUGUUGCUGUAGCUGUCCUGGCCAUUCUGGUGCUACGAUAUUUUACUGGCCACACCAAGGAUCCGGAUGGUAAAGUGCAAUUUGUUGGGGGUAAAACAAGCUUUAGUGAAGCAGUUGAUGGAGUGAUUGAGAUUUUCACCAUUGCGGUCACGAUUGUGGUUGUUGCAGUGCCUGAAGGACUCCCCUUAGCUGUUACUUUAACCCUAGCUUAUUCAAUGCGCAAAAUGAUGGCAGAUAAAGCCCUAGUGCGAAGGCUUUCAGCUUGUGAAACUAUGGGUUCUGCAACUACUAUUUGCAGUGAUAAAACUGGAACACUAACAUUAAAUCAGAUGACCGUAGUGGAAGCCUAUGCUGGUAAAAAGAAGUUGAAUCCACCAAGUGAUGCUUCCCAGAUGAAGAAGGAGCUUUCAACUCUUGUAAUAGAAGGUGUUGCAGUUAAUACCACUGGUAGUGUUUUUGCUCCUAAGGAGGGUGGCAAUGUAGAAGUUUCUGGAUCUCCCACAGAAAAGGCUAUUUUGUCAUGGGGAGUAGAGAUGGGCAUGAAGUUUGAUGCUGUGAGAUCAGAAGCCAUUAUUCUCCAUGUAUGCCCGUUCAAUUCAGAGAAAAAGCGUGGUGGAGUUGCAUUGCAGCUGUCGAACUCUGAUGUUCAUAUUCACUGGAAAGGGGCAGCUGAGAUGGUUCUCUCUUCAUGCACACAUUUUUUUGACCUGGAUGGCUGUGUGCAACCUAUUAAAAAUGAAAUGUCAUUUUUUAAAGGAAUCAUUGAUGAUAUGGCAGCAAAAAGUUUGCGAUGUGUCGCCUUUGCCUAUAGACCUUAUGACAGAAAUGAUGUUCCAAAUACCAAUGAGGAGGAGCUAGAACAAUGGACCCUACCAGAGGAUGACCUGAUUUUGCUAGCAAUUGUUGGCAUAAAGGAUCCUUGUCGGCCUGGUGUUGAUGAAGCUGUGAGACUCUGUGCAGCUGCUGGUGUGAAGGUCCGCAUGGUAACUGGGGAUAACAUUCAAACAGCAAUAGCAAUUGCUACAGAGUGUGGGAUUCUUUCUCCAGGUGCUGAUACUACAGAACCUGUGGUCAUUGAAGGGAGAGCGUUCCGUGCACUUUCAGAAAAAGAACAAGAGGAAGUUGCCAAAAAAAUAACAGUGAUGGGAAGAUCAUCUCCAAAUGACAAACUACUGCUUGUGCGUGCUUUACGCAAAGGAGGUGAUGUUGUAGCUGUCACAGGAGAUGGCACAAACGAUGCCCCUGCUCUUAAUGAGGCAGAUAUUGGUCUUUCCAUGGGCAUUUCCGGUACAGAAGUCGCUAAAGAAAGCUCUGACAUCAUUAUCUUGGACGAUAAUUUUUCAUCAGUUGUAAAGGUUGUACGUUGGGGACGUUCUGUGUAUGCAAAUAUUCAAAAGUUUAUACAAUUCCAGCUUACCGUAAAUGUUGCAGCACUUAUUAUUAAUGUUGUCGCUGCUGUUUCCUCGGGCAGUAUACCUCUUAAUGCUGUGCAGCUUUUGUGGGUAAAUCUCAUCAUGGAUACUUUGGGAGCACUUGCACUAGCCACUGAGCCACCAACUAACCAGCUCAUGCGCAGAGCUCCAGUUGGCAGAAGGGAGCCUCUGGUUACGAACGUCAUGUGGAGGAAUCUAAUUGUACAGGCGCUAUAUCAAGUUGCUAUCCUCCUUGCUUUCAACUUUGGUAGCAGCAAUUUUUCUUUGUUAAAAGAAGGCAACCUUGAGCAUCAGAAUAAGUUGAAGAAUACAUUGAUUUUCAAUGCAUUUGUUCUGUGUCAAUUGUUUAAUGAGUUCAAUGCUCGGAAGCCAGAUGAAUUGAACGUCUUCAAGGGUAUAACUAGCAAUCACCUGUUCAUGGGGAUUAUCGGAGUUACAUUUGUGCUUCAGAUAGUCAUCAUUGAAUUCCUUGGGAAGUUCACAACAACUGUUAGACUGAACUGGAAACUGUGGCUUCUUUCAGUUGCCAUCGGCCUGUUCAGCUGGCCUCUGGCUGUUAUUGGAAAGUUCAUACCAGUUCCAAAGACGCCCUUGUCCAAAAUGUUAAGGAGGCCAUUCCAACGAUUCAGAACUGCACGUAAUGCGUAAAAAAAUAUGACUAUUUUUGGUAACAUACAGAAAGAAUCCAGGAGCCAAAGUAUGUCAAGCUAAGCUUCCACCAUCUGCUUUCCUGCAGUGAGCAACGAUCUUUCACUACGGAAAGCCAAGCGACAUUCUUGCAAGCAAUCGUUUUAGGAGGAAGACAAGUAUGAGUAUAACUCGAACUCCCAUUUUCUACAAGUCUAGCAACAUUUGUGCUGAUAUUUUCUGUAAAAACAACACUGACAGCUGAACAAAGUGUAAAUGCAAAUAUGGCAGUAAAUACUAUUUGACUGGUAUAGUUUUUUCUUGUUUGAAAUUUUGAUUUA